CACGAUCAAAAAAUCAAUGUGUCAAAACGUGCGCAGCAACUCCUUCAUCUUCUACGGUGCUCCCUUUCUUCGGUCCUUCAUCUUCUGCGACAAGAAACUUCUGUGUCAAGCAGCAGCAGAGAGCUUUGAAGUGAGGCAGCGGCGGAGAGCAGCGAGCAACAGCGGUGAGCAGAGGGGACCAACAGUGAGCGUCGUCGAGUAGCUGUGAGAAGCGGCGGAGCAAGCAUCCAAAUCCGUGGUCGAUUGGAAGUACCUCACAAUGGACAGAUCUGCACUGGUGGAGGUCAGUUUUCAGCGGCAGAGGCCGGAUCCGCAGGGGGGCGGCCAGAUCUGCUGAGGCGGCGGUCGGAUCUGCUGAGGUGGUGGCCGGAUCUGAUGGGGCGGCGGUCAACAACGGCGUUCGGCGUCGACGGACAUAUUUGCAGCUGCGACGGCCAAAUAUGAAGUGGCGGCGGGCAGAUCUACAUGACGGUCAGUUUUGAGGCGGUGCCGGCGGCCGGCGACCGGCGGCGAUGGACGACCGACGUCGUUCGGACAUUCUGCACCAGUAUUAUGUUUUCCUAAGUUGAGGGUUAUUUCUGUCCAAUUACAAAUAAUAAUUCUUAUUUAGGGAAUUUUUAAAUACUAGUCCUAUUUUGGCAAUUAAGAACUUAUUUACUCCUAUCUAGGUAAAUCCCCCAAAAAUAUAUUGUCAUAUUCUAUUGUAACUACUCUUAUUUAAUUAGGGAAUAAAAAUGUAAUUAUAUUAUUUUGGAGUUUCUACACAGUUUGACUUCAAAAACUUCGUUAUUAUUUAUGGAAAUGAAGAUCUUUUUAGUCACCGCAUAUAUUUUCGGUGAUUGGUUUAUUGUUCUUUUUAAUCAAUUAUAUAACUUUUCUUGACUAAUUAAUAAAUACUCCAUAUAACAGUAAUAACUUCCAUAUAUUUUUUAAUUAUUUGAAUUUUGGUGAAAGUUGCAAUUUAUGUAAUUAGAUUCUAGAGAAAUUGUCUCAUAGAGGAGCAAAAGUAGUGGGAAAUUCUUAAAUAGAAGUAUGUAUGUUUUUUUCUCCAAAUAGGAGUAAUUUACUCCUAUUGAAAACAUUAGAAUUUUGCAUUCCAUUAUUAUCCCUUAUCCCCUUAUGCUCUUCUCCCUGCGCAUAUAUUUUCUUAUCCCCCUUUUCACACCCACGUUUGUCUCCCUUCCCCUGCCAGAUAUCCCAUUUCCCCCCUUUUCUCUUGAACAUGCCCCUCCCCUUCUCACUAUUGCCGAAUCAGCCUACACACACAACAUUGAUCAACUUCUUGGCGCCGCUUACUUCACCAUGCACCACCGCCUAUGAGAAUUAUGACAUUGAAGUUGUGACGGAGACGGUUGUGCUCGGGGGUGCGGUGUGGCCUAGGAAUUGGCAGUGGUGACAAUUAUGAUAAAAGGGGGUUACGAUAACCAAAGUGGCGGCGGCGGCGGACGGUGAGUCCGGCCUGAACGACAGUGGUUGAUAACACCUGUGAGGGAGGCACUGGAGGGAUAUGACGGCGGGCGGCAAGAGAUGGCAUGAGAGAGAAGUUCUUCGCUGCGAAUUGUCAUUCCCAAAAGUAGUUUAGGGUUCUUUACUGCGAAUUGGGGAUAAGUGCAGACCGCCACUCCACCACUUAUCCAAUUUCUUCUCAUAAAUAGUUUAGGGUUAUUUUCGUCCACCCAUGUAUAUUUUACUCCUACUAAACUUUAUUACCGUCUAUACUCCUAUUAUGUGCAAUUUCUAUUACUUUUACUCCUAUAUGAGUAAUUAACUCUUAGAUUCUACGUUUCAAUCCUCUUCAUAAUAUAUUUUGACCGAAUACAUACUUAUUAGUUAUUUUAUUUAUGUAUAUUAUGUAUGCAUGGUCAUAUAAGACAGUUCACUCAAAUUUUAGUGUUGUUAGGUUUUUUUGGUCCGAUCUCGGCGACUUCGGUGUUUUCGGGAUUUCGGCUGCGAUAGGGAAGGACGGAGUCAGGAGGGCGUUAGUGUGGUGCGAAUCGGGCUUCGGGGGAUCGAAAUUGCAGUGGUCUCGAGACCGGGGAGGCUUUGGGGAUGGGUUUUGAUCGGAGGCUGGGGUUGCAGGGAAGAUGAGCAUGGCAGACAAGGAGGCGGAGCUGGUUUGUGAUGAUGAUGUUGAAGCCGGGGAAGAUUCCAGUGAAGUGGAGCGGCCGGUCUUCCCUGUGGUGAGCGCGCUAAUUACGGACAUGAAGAUUAAUUUUCCAGCAUUCAGAGAGACGAUGACGUCGAUUUGGAGAGCAGGAAGAGGCGUGGAGAUCAAGGAGAUCGAGGAGAAAAGGUAUAUUUUUAACUUUAAUCAUCCUGUUGAUAUGAAGCGUGUGAUUGAUGGGGGUCCUUGGCAGUUUGGGAGAAAUUUACAGAUUGUGAAAGAAAUAAAACCUACUGAUAUUCCACAUAAGAUUCAUCUGAAUGAAGCGGAGUUCUGGGUACGGGUACAUAAUGUUGCCUACUGUCUGCUGAAUUUAGGAACUGCUAGAAAAGUGGGCAAUUUUCUUGGUAGGUUUGUGAGCUAUGAUAAAAAUAAUUAUGGGGAAUAGUGGACAUCUUAUGUGCGUGUUUGAGCAUGUAUUAAUGUGGAAACUCCUCUGAAAAAGGACACAACUCUGAAAAAAGAGGGAGUUGGAUAUUGGGUGGAUUUUCAGAAUGAGAAGUUAUCUAAUUUUUGUUUUGUCUGCGGAGUCAUUGGGCACUCUGAGAAAUUUUGCCCACUUAUGCAUGUAUGAGGAAGGCUUAGUUCUGGAAAAAAGGUCUGAUGCGUCACUAAGGGUAGGAGGUGGGGUGAAGAUCAGCCCUACAGGAAAAAAUAAAUGGUUGGUUGGGGAGGGUUCUUCGGGCAGGAAUUCGCAGAGAUGGGAGGAUCAGGGUUCGGAUGGAAGAGCACAAGGAGAAAAGGAGGAUACGGUGGACUCGGGUAGUGGCUCUAAUAAGGAAGUGGUUCUGGAACAUAAUGAAGAAUCUUCUGGAGAGCAGAAACACAGGCGUAUCUGGGAAAUAGGGACAACUCAAAAUCAAGGAGGGGUCGAGAUGGCUCUGGAUGGAACAAAAAAUGGAGGGGAGACGGGCUUAGAGGGGUAAGCUUGUCAAGGGCAGGAAAGAGGCAAGAGGGGUCCGAUUGGUGCUGCAUUGUUCUGAUUGGAGGAUCCGAUCAUUUUAUCUUUUAUUGCUUUUUUCUUUUCGUUUCAGAUUGUUCUUUAUUUUCUUGUUGGUUUUUUUGCUUUGAUUCUGGUUGUAAAACGAUGAUUCUGAAUUUGGAUGUGGGUGAUGAUCUAACCGUGAUUACUGUCACUGGCUCAGUUGUGCCCACUUUUGGAUCAACGAGUUAUAUUACUGAGGUGAUUAACUCGGACUCUAGUUCGCGAGAUGGCGGUUCUCUCAAGUUACAUUGCCCUUUUACCUACUGUCCAAAUAGUUUGAUUUUAAUGUAAGCCGUUUUCAUCCAAAAAAUAAUAAUAAAAC